AUGUUUGACAUGGAAGAACAAGAAGAAGAACAAUGUGAACGGAAUCGUGGUGGUCGCAAACAAGUCAAAAUCGGUACGACACGUCGAAAUGCUCGAGAAAGAAAUCGAGUUCGUCAUAUAAAUACUUGUUUUGAAAUACUUCGUCAACAUAUUCCACAUGAAAAACAUAAUAAAAAACUUUCCAAAGUUGACACUUUGAAAUCAGCUAUGAAUUAUAUUGAAAAUCUUCGUCAAUUAUUACAAUCAACAGCAACACAAACAAUGAUUUAUACAAAAGAACAAUCGAAUAUUUAUUUUCCAAUUGAUAUUAAACAAGAAAAUCUUUAUUAUUGGCAAGAUCAACAUCAACAUCAGCAACAAGAUCAUUUAGUUGAAGAAAACAAUGAAAGAUAUUGUUAA